AUGGACGAGCUGAAGGCGCUGCUAAAGAACCAGAACAAGCUCUUCGAAGAUUUGCUCAAGAAGCAGCAGGCCGAGCCCCGAGCGGUAGCACCAGGGCCCCACAAUGUGCCGCUCCCUCCGCCAUUGUCCUUGGAAGGGGACAUGGACCAGAAUUACGCGUUCUUCGAGGACAACUGGAACAAUUAUGCCACAGCGGUGGGCAUGGGCGACUGGCCGGAAGCGGAUAACCCGAAAAAAGUGAGCUUUUUGCUGUCGAUCGUUGGCCCCGAUGCGCUGAAAAAGUUCAGCAACUUCGAUCUGACGCAAGCCGACAGGGCUACGCCGACAACCGUAUUGGCCGCCAUCAAGAAGAAGGUUACUCGAACCAGAAACGUCAUCGUGGACCGACUGGACUUCUUCUCGGCAGCCCAGUCACCGGUGGAAAGUAUCGACGAGUACACAUCCCGACUGAAGUCGCUGGCCAAGCCGGCCAAACUCGGAGCCGUGGAAGCAGAACUAAUCACCUUCAAGCUGGCCACCUCCAACAAGUGGCCUCAUCUGAGGUCCAAGAUGCUCACGAUGGCGGAUUUGUCGGAAGCGAAGGCGGUAGAUCUGUGCCGUGUGGAGGAAAUCACGGCCAAGCACGUUCAGGUGCUAUCAGCGGACAAGCUGUCGGAGGUGAAUAAGCUCAAAGCAUCGUCGUCGAAGGCCCGCCAGUGCAAGUUCUGUGGCGAUUGGCAUGCGUUCACCAAAGGAUCGUGCCCAGCCUACGGAAAGAAGUGCAAGCUUUGUUCCGGCAAGAAUCACUUCGAGAAGGUGUGCCGGAAGAAUCGGGCUCGAAUGAGUUCGUCGAAGCGCAACAGUGUGCGCCGCGUUAAGAAGAUCAACGACGAAUCCUCGGAGGACAGCGAGUCGGACGACGAGUGGAGCGAUCAGUCCGGAACAGAGACGGAGAUUGAAGGCGAAAUCGGCAAGAUCUUCGAUAACUCGAAGAAAGGGGGAAACGUUCUUGCGGAAGUGUCCCUGAAAGUGAAAGGCAAGUGGAAAAGCGUGAAGUGCGAGCUGGAUACGGGAGCAAACACGAGCUUGAUUGGCCACGACUGGUUGUGCAAGCUGACGGGAGAGUCGGACCCCGAAUUGCAGCCGUCACCGUUCAAACUCCAAGCGUUCGGCGGUGGCAUCAUUAACGUUAUGGGCCAAGUCAAGCUGCCGUGCAAGUGCCAGAACAAGAAGUACAUUCUCGUGCUUCAAGUCGUCGACGUCAGUCACAGGCCGUUGCUGUCGCUGAAGGUCUGUACCACGUUCGGCCUGAUCAAGUUCUGCAACUCCGUUAGCAUGGUUCCAGCUAAAGCGACGCCGGAAGGAGCUCAAGAUCUGAUGCGAAUCUACCGCAUCGAAGCUGAGAAGAUCGUCGACGAGUUCGGCGACGUUUUUCGUGGCUACGGAAAAUUCGACGGAGAAGUCACCCUGGAGAUCGACGAGUCGGUGCCGCCGGUGAUUCAGCAGCCUCGCCGAGUCCCGAUAGCUCUGCGGCCGAAGCUGAAAGCCGAACUGGACCAGUUGGAGAAGGAUGGAAUCAUCGCGCGAGAGUACAGCCACACCGAAUGGGUGAGUAACAUUCUUCUCGUGAAACGGGGUAUCGCCGGAGCCGAGUCGAUUCGCAUUUGCCUGGACCCCAUUCCUCUGAACAAAGCGUUGAAGAGACCAAAUCUGCAAUUUGUGACGCUGGACGAGAUUUUGCCGGAGUUGGGUCAGGCAAAGGUUUUUUCGACCGUGGAUGCACGGAAGGGUUUCUGGCACGUGGUGCUAGACGAGCAGAGCAGCAAGUUGACUUCGUUCUGGACUCCAUUUGGACGCUAUCGGUGGCUGCGACUUCCAUUUGGCAUCUCCCCGGCGCCGGAAAUUUUCCAGUCCAAACUGCAGGGGAUAGUCCAAGGAUUGAACGGAGUCGAGUGCAUAGCAGAUGACGUCUUGGUGUACGGCCGUGGUGCAACGAUGGAGGAAGCGCUACGUGACCACAACGCAAAUCUGAAGAACCUCCUCGCGCGCUUGAAGCUAAACCACGUCAAACUCAACAAUUCGAAACUCAAGCUCUGUGAGACAUCCGUCAAGUUUUACGGACACGUUCUCACCACCGAAGGGCUUCAACCGGACCACACCAAGAUCUCGACCAUAAAGCACUACCCGGUGCCAACCAGCAGGACGGAACUGCACCGUUUCAUUGGGAUGGUCACAUACCUCAGCCGAUUCAUUCCCAAUUUGAGCGCCGCCUUCACAAGGCUGCGGCGGUUGAUUUCGGAGAAAGAACCGUGGCGUUGGACUCGAGAGGAGGACGAAGAUUUCUCCAAGGUGAAGUCGCUAGUGUCCGAUAUCACAACGCUGCGGUACUACAACGUUCGAGAGCCGUUGACUAUCGAGUGCGACGCGAGCUGCUUCGGUCUCGGAGUGGCCGUCUUCCAGAAGGACGGCAUCGUGGGCUACGCGUCGAGAACGUUGACGGACACGGAGAAAAACUACGCUCAAAUCGAGAAAGAGUUGCUUGCGAUUCUUUUUGCAUGUGUGCGCUUUGACCAGCUGAUUGUAGGCAACCCCCAAACUACGGUGAAAACCGACCACAAGCCUUUGAUCAACAUUUUCAACAAGCCAUUGUUGACGGCUCCAAAGCGACUGCAGCACAUGCUCCUGAACCUGCAACGUUACCAUCUGGCGUUGGAGUUUGUCACCGGAAAGGAGAACGUUGUGGCAGAUGCGCUCUCUCGCGCACCUCACAACGACUCGACUGUGCGUGACGAGUACCAGAAGCUGAACAUCUACAAGAUCUUCAAGCAACUCGAAGAUUGCAACGUAAGCGGCUACCUGAGCAUCUCCGACAACUGCCUGGACACGAUCAUGAAGGCGACUGAACAAGACGCAGCCCUACAGACGGUGAUUGAUUUCAUUCGGAACGGUUGGCCCAGUACCAUCGAUCGCGUUCCUUCAGCCGCUAAAAUCUACUUCAAGUACCGAAGCGAGCUGUCCACGCAAGACGGAUUGGUGUUCAGGAACGAUCGUAUUCUGAUCCCGUGUGCACUGCAGCGGUCCAUGAUCGACAAAGUGCACGUGAGCCACAACGGUAUCGAGUCUACACUGAAGCUUGCGCGAGAGAACAUCUUCUGGCCCGGAAUGAGCGCGCAGAUUACGGAUGUGGUGAAGGAGUGCCAUGUCUGCGCUAAAUUCGCUGCAAGUCAGCAGAAACCGCCGAUGCAGAGUCACGCAGUCCCGAUCUAUCCGUGGCAAGUCGUUUCGAUGGACGUGUUCUUCACCAGCUACCAGGGAAAGCGACACCAGUUUCUUGUGACGGUGGACCACUACUCGGACUACAUCGAAUUGGAUAUCCUCAAGGACAUGUCUGCCAGAAGCCUAGUCGAGACCUGCAAGAAGAACUUUGCGCGUUACGGAUGCCCCCAGAUCGUUGUCACGGACAACGGGACAAACUUUGUGAACGAGGAGAUGAAGGAAAUGGCGAUCAAGUGGAACUUCAAGCAUUCGACUUCGGCCCCUCACCACCAGCAGGCAAACGGCAAAGCGGAAGCAGCGGUGAAGAUUGCGAAGAGGUUGAUCCAAAAGGCGGAGGAAACCGACCAGGACGUUUGGUACGUCUUGCUGCAUUGGAGGAACAUCCCGAACAAGAUUGGCAGCAGUCCGGCGAGCAGGCUGUUCUCACGCAGCACAAGGUGUGGAGUACCCGCUUCGUUCGAGAAAUACACUCCUCGAAUCGUGCAGAACGUUCCGGAAGCAAUUCUGGAAAACAAGAGGAAGGUCAAAUACUACUACGAUCGAAAAUCUCGCAACCUACCUGCACUGGAGACUGGCUCGCCGGUGUACGUCCAGGCUCACCCCGAAAUCAGCAAAACUUGGACGCCAGCGAUUGUGACCGAGAAACUGAAUGAUCGCUCGUAUGUGGUGGACGUGAAUGGAGCUAGCUAUCGCCGAGACCUGACCAACCUGCGACCGCGCAAAGAACCAACAACAAUCCUUCUCGUUCCAGCCCAAAGCCAUCCACCAACCGAAUCAAGUGCUGCACAAACUAGCGCUGAUUUGACAGCUGAACCUGAAGCGUCGUCGCUUUGCUGCGAUGAGAUUCGACGAAACUGCAACAACAACACCACCCGUUGUCAACCAAUCAGCUGCUGCCACCCCGUCGUUUUACCUCCCUGCACCGUGAUUUCAACCCUAACCCACCAGCAGACCCACCACGUUGAACGCAGAAUCUGGAACAAGGAAGUGUGCCGCAAAAAAACCUAA